UACAUAUCAGUUGACUGACAACUUCCAAAAGGGUUUAUACCGGAAAUCAACAAUAUAUCAGUGCUCGUGCUUUUUUGAGACCUUACCUUUGGCGUGUGCGCGCUACUAGAGUUUCACUCCGAACAGGUUCGACCAGGACACACCUGCAGGGACAAAAAGGUGCCUUGUCAACUCAGGAAGCCAUUCUUUACUUCACUGACCUCUGAGGACGACAGACGGAUAGAAAGCCGAAGAAGGAAACUUUUUUCCCCACAUUAUUUCGUUUUGAAGGUUUAAUUAAUUCAAUCAUGAUGAAAAUGUGGAUUGCUCUCGUGCUCGUUGCAUUUGCAGCGACGCCGUCCGCCGAAAGCUGUGACUGUGAACCUCUGAAAUGGGCCACCUGUGAUGGAACUCCCUGUACCUGUUUCGUGUUGGUUGGCGACAACAUGAAACAAACCCUUGACUGUAACAAAUUGAUUCCAAAGUGCUUCUUGAUGAAGGUCGAGAUGUACAGAGCUAAAAAGGGCCUGAGCACCCGUACUAUCGGAGGAAAACCAGUUGAGACUGCCUUUGUGGACAACGAUGGCAUCUACGACCCAGAGUGUGAGAAUGACGGCAAAUUCAAGGCCAAGCAGUGCAACAACACAGAGGAGUGCUGGUGUGUCAACAGUGCCGGUGUUCGUAGAACUGACAAAGGAGACAAAAACCUGAAGUGUGAGAAGCUGGUGGAGACCAACUGGGUCCGUCUUCAGCUGAAACACAAACCCGUGUCAACUCCAGUGAAUAAAGAUACUUUGAAAGUUGCCGUUGCAGAUGCCAUUCACAAGCGUUAUUUAAACUUUAACAAGGACUUGGUGGAUAAUGUUGAGUAUGAUGCUGAGUCUCGCAUGAUUGUGGUGGAUGUGAAGAAGCCCAAGGGAGAGCGCAAGAGUGACUUGGCCAACAUGGCCUACUACAUGGAGAAGGAUGUCAAAGUGCUGCCCCUGUUCAAGCAACAGCAAAAUUUCUCAGUGGGAUCUCUGGAGAUGGAGAACAUCCUGGUGUACUACGUUGAUGAGGAGGCCCCGACAUUCACCAUGAAGCACCUGUCUGGGGGGAUCAUCGCCGUCAUUGUGGUGGUGUCCCUGGCUGUGGUUGCCGGCCUGCUGGUCCUGUUCUUCGCCAGAAAGCGACAGAAUCAGAGAUACAACAAAGCCCAGCAAAGAGAGCUGGAACCCAUGUAAAUUCUUCAGGAGUCGAUGACAAGUCAGCUAGUACAUCACCUUUUUAGGAUUCACUUUUUAUUUGCAGUUGGAGGGUGCCAUUUUUACCAUUUUACUUGAGGAAUAUGGAAUGUAAAGGAAUCAACUUGCUUGUGUGUUUUAUGUUGGCAUUGCCAUUACCGCCAUUUUUAUUUAUAACCUUCAACUGUAUUUGCCAUACAGAAGUUUUCAAAAAUUAGCCUGGACCAUACUGCAUUUUAGGAUUUAGAACAUGUUGGACUGGUUUAAAUGUUGCCAUGAUUUGUACAGUUUGUUACUUGUGUUUGAUGGAUUGUUUUUAAUAAAAACCUUUUUAAAAGAC